CUUUUUUGCGAUGUUACAAACGUGAAGGUCGUGUAACGAGAAUUCGUAAUCAAAUGUGUUGGAAAGAGUCGUCCUUAAUGUGUGUGAAGUGCGUAUUGUUAUGCUUGAACAUAGUUUUCAUACUGAUCGGGCUUUCAUCUGUCGUGAUAGCCUGUUGGGUCUUAUUUUGGCCUCAAAUAUUUUUGAACAUAAUGGGACCUCACUUAUUAAGAAUAUCGGCAUUCUCAAUUAUAUCCAUUGGAGGAGUCAUUUUAUUACUUUCAAUUUUAGGAUGUGCAGGAGCUGCACUUGAGAAUCGCUGCAUUUUGGUCACGUUUUUCACGUUGCUUUGUGGCAUGUUCAUGGCUUGUCUAGUUAUUGGAACCCUUACGACUGUCUUCAGAAGAGAUUUAAUUAUACUAAUGGUCAAUCGUAUGAGCAUCGCUGUACAACAAGACUAUGGAAAUUCAGAGUUUUGGACAGAAUUACUGGACCUUCUUCAGUCAAGGUUGAAAUGUUGUGCUGUUGAAGAUAGUCAAGCAGAUUUAUACCUUCGUUCUGUUUGGUAUUCACGUCAAAUACAUCAAUCAUCAGUUUUUGGCACGAACUCGAUACGUAUAUUUUCUGAAGAAUUGGAUCAGAAUAAUUUAGGAAUACCAAAUGUAGCAAAUGUUCCUUUAUCAUGUUGUGUAUAUUCAUUUGAAACUAUGGAAUUGUCAAAUCGUACUGCUUGUCAAACUGGUUCUUUAAAAUCUAACCUAAAUCCAUAUCUUAAUCCUCAUGGUUGUGCGAAUGUGAUUAUUGCCCUACUGUAUCAGUAUUUUAUCCCAUUAAUAACUAUGGUUGUUAUAUUGGCUGUAUUAAUGAUGGUUGGUUUAAUACUUGGCUUAUUAUUGUUAAGAAGUUUUUCGGUGGAUGACUAUCCAGAAAUUAAUUUACGUGAAAAUGUUUAAACUGUCAAGAUAAUAUAAUACUUGUAUAUACAGAUAUAUGCAUCUAUUGAUAAAAUUUGUAUUUCUAAGAAAUCAAGUGACGGUUUUUUUUAUUCCAUUCCAGAAUACAUCAAUCUCCUAUCCCUCUUUUUUUUCCCUCUUUUAUUUUCAUUCUCCUCUUAUUUCUUGUUUUAUUCCCCUAUUUCUACUGUUUAUAUUUCGUGUUCAUUUCACUAUAUUCAUAUUUUAUUUUUCACAGAUUCACUUUGUUUCUUUUUUUUUUGUGUGUGUCUCUUUUCAAGUAUUUUAUUCAAAAAUAUAAUCAAUUGUUUUUCAUUUGAUUUGAAAAAGGCGGAUUACAUUAAAGAAUUGAUCAAUGCUGUCUUUAUAAAAUUUGUCUAUUAUCUGUCUCACUAUCAAACAAGGAGGAGAAUAUUUAUGUAAACGUUCUGCUAUCAUAUAUAAUAUUGGUUUAUUUCAACGUUUUGUGAUGUUGACUUACUUUCUUCUGUAUAGUCCUUCUUUUUUUAAUCAGUGCCAAUCAAUUUUAACUUUAUUAUAUUUUCAACGCUUACAGAAGUGAUAAUUUCAAAAGACUAACAGAAUGUAACAAUUUUAGUGAAAUUAAACGAUAAAAAACAAGAACAUUAAUUUGAUCAUGAUAGGCAAUUAUGAAAUGAUUGAAAUAUAAGCAAGCAUGUAGCUAUGGUUAUAUAUCACCAAAUUUCAAAAUAUAAAAUUUUGACAUCUUUUCUUAGCG